AUGAAGCUUGUGCGGCGUGCCCGAAAGAGCAUUCGUGAGCGUCGAAUGAAGGCGUGCAUUAAUGACCUGAACUCGAAUUUGUCGAAGGUGGAGAUGCGCGUCUUCCGGAAGCAGAAAAAGGAGCGCGACGCGAAGCGCCGGGGCUCGGGAAUUAGUGAGCUUGUACCGAAGGAUGUACUAAAUGGCCGCAUGAAUCCUGGUCUGUACGCAGUGGAGUGCCGGCUUCACGAAGAGGCAGGUUUACCCAAGCCGCUCCCGUACCAAGGGUACAAGGAGGAUCUGCUGAGGAGUCGUGCCACGACCCACUGCGUGGGUUUUGUUGGGUUCCGGACGAUUCUGCAGGCUAUCCGGGCCCGCAACAGGUAA